AAACCGCCCAGAAGAUCACGUGACUGUCAUGUGAUCACGCUUAGCAGGAAAGACCAGUUGUAAACAUUAGAAAGUACUGAGAAGUAAUUUCACGUUUGCCUUUCUGAACUUUUGACUUUUUCUUAAGCACGUGAAACGCGACGAGCAAUUACCUACUGAUGCAUCACUUUUGAUUAAACGGAAAGCUUAAAAGUGUGUGAUAGACCAACAGUCCUAACAGGGUGCCAAAAAACACAAUCAGAUGUCUUCCUCCUCUUCACACUCUGUCCUCCUAAACACGGGGGUCCAGAUGCCCCUCCUGGGUUUGGGGACCUACAAGUUGGUGGGUCCUGAAGAUGUCUACCAGGCUGUGGAUGCAGCACUGGUGGCAGGCUAUCGGGCUUUUGACAGUGCAGCCGUCUACCGAAAUGAAGCUGACCUGGGCCGAGCACUGAACGAGCUUCUUCCGAAACACGGCUUAACCAGAGAGGAUGUGUUCAUUACAAGUAAGCUGGGCCCCAAGGAUCAGGGUGAGCGAGCGAUGGAAGGAGCCCUCCGCAGCCUCUCUCAGCUGGACCUGGACUACAUUGACCUCUACUUGAUCCACUGGCCAGGUACACAGGGUCUGGUAGUUGUUGACCAACGCAACCCAGGUAACAGAUCUCAGAGUUGGGCUGCUCUGGAGGAGCUGCAUGCCCAGGGGAAGCUGAAGGCCAUUGGAGUGUCCAACUACACACCAGCACACAUGAGGGAACUGAUGCAGAGCUGCAAAAUCCCUCCUGCUUUGCUGCAGGUAGAGUUUCACCCAAGGCUUUGCCAGACAGAGCUAAGGAGAGUGUGUGAGGAGUAUGGAGUGUGUUUCCAAGCAUACUCCUCCUUGGGGAAAGGAGAGCUCGUCACUGACCCUGUGGUCAUGGAGGUGGCAAAGAACUGUGAACGCACUCCUGCACAGGUCCUGUUGCGUUGGGCUGUGCAGCAGGGUGUCCCAGUGCUGCCAAAGUCCUCAAAUCCAGACAGAGUAAAGGACAAUUCAAGGCUUUUUGACUUCACACUGAGUGACACAGACAUGGACAGACUGUCAGCUUUGGACUGUGAGCACAAAUAUUGCUGGGAUCCAUCAGAAGUGGUUUGAUAGACCACAUAUUCACAAUGCCUCUUAAAUUUUGCUGUUGUUUAGCUCUGACUGGCAAAGAUGAAGUGGUGGCAAAGGUUAGAGUUUGGAUAUGGACAACUCAGUUACAUAAUAAAUGAACUGGGCGAAUAUGCAGUAUGUACUAAGCUUCUGAGAGUUCAGGUAGCACAUCAGAAAACAUUUACUUAUAAGUGUUCCUUUUUAAUUGUCAUAUGCCAUGAAACAUACAAUGUCUUUUAAGCCUUAUUGUGCUGCUUGAAGAGCAAAAAUGUGUAAUAAUUUUAAGACUAUUUCUAUAUUCUUUGGUGCCUAACACACUUUAAUUCAUAUACAAAAUCGUAAUAAAAAAAGAGAAAAACUG